UCCUUGAGGGGGGGGUUUUCUGUCAGGAAUGGAUUCAGCACUGGUGGUGGGACUCUGGGGGGGUUCUGUCAGGCUAUGGAUUCAGCACUGGUGGUGGGACUCUCCUGCCGUGUGGGCUGCAGUACCAGAGCUGACCAGCGGGUGCUCUCAGCACUGGUGGUGGGACUCUCCUGCCGUGUGGGCUGCAGUACCAGAGUGCUGACCAGGGUGCUCUCAGCACUGUGGUGGGACUCUCCUGCCGUGUGGGCUGCAGUACCAGAGCUGACCAGCGGGUGCUCUUAGCAGCCAGAAGCUCACAAUCAGCCAAACCUGGGAGCUGAUUACAGAAAGGUGUAUAUAAGGCAUGACCAGGCCUGU